CGGUGCCGAGCGCCCCCGGCCCGCCCCGCUUCGGACACUAUAAAGGGGCGGCCGGGGCCCGGGCGGCGGCGGCAGCGCUCAGCACCCCCUGCGCGCCCACCACGGCCAUGCGGCCCCUGCUGCUGCUGCUGCUGCUGCCGCCGCUGCUGCUGCUGCCGGGCUCCGCCGCGCGCCCCGCGCCCCCCAGGGCCCCGCGCCACUCGGAUGGGACGUUCACCAGCGAGCUCAGCCGCCUGCGGGAGAGCGCGCGUCUGCAGCGACUGCUGCAGGGCCUGGUGGGGAAGCGCAGCGAGCUGGACACAGAGAACGGCACGAGCUGGACCAAGUCGUCUGAGGGCCGCUUCUGCCUGCAGUGGCCCCACUCGCCCGCCCUGCAGGCCUGGAUGCCCCUGAGGGACCCCCUGGAUGAGGCCUGGUCUCCCCAGCUGCCUCCUGGACCCGGGUCUGGGGCCGCAUUUUCACAGCCGGCGGUGCCUCCUGCUGAGAUGUCACGGAUGAGGCCCUGAGGAAGAAGGAGCCUCCCCUCUGUCUGCAAGGGGAGCACCCUGGAGCCCAGGCCAGGGAGGGGUGGAGCGGGAGGAGGAGGGGUUGCACCUGUCACCAAUAAAGGAGGAAUUCAG